UGUAAUUGUAGGACAAUGCCAGACGUAGUAUGGGAGCAUGGCCAAAAGGUCGGGGGUGGUUUCAAAUGCAAGUAUUGCAGGGAGGAGAAGGGUGGGGGAGGAGCAACACGGUUCAAAGAGCAUUUGGCACAUAGGGGGAAAGAUGUGAAGGACUGCCCUUCGGUUCCGACCGAAGUUAAGGAAUUCUUUAGUGAGCAGUUGGACAGGAACAAGGUUAGAGCAAAAGCAAGGGCCCGAGAAAGAGUGCUAAGGGACCAAGCAGCAAGGGGGUGGCACACUGACCUAGAGGAGGAGGGUGGCCAGGGGCACGACGAGGAUGCAGAGCUACAAGCUGCCUUACACCAGUCCCGCCAAGAGUAUGACUUUAUGCAGCAAGCUGGGCCACGAUACAAGAGGGGUGGUGGAUCUGGAGCUGCUUCUGGAUCUAGAAGUGGUGGUGUUGGAGGCAGUGGUGGACCACAGCCUUCGAUGUUCAGAAGGAGUCAGUCACAAGUCCCCGAGAGGGUUAGGGACUACCACCUAGGUUUGAGCAGUGCUCCACGGCAGCAAAGGAUUGAUACCGGCCCAUGGACUGUCAAGGGGAGGACAUCAAGAGAGCUUCUAGGGAGGGCAUGGGCGAAGGCGUGCCAUGCUGUCGGUAUUCUCGGCCGGAAAGUCGAUGACCCAUACUUUAAAGCUGCGAUCGUGGAGACCCAGAAACAAGGUGUUGGAAUCAAAAUACCAUCAGGGAGGGAGAUAGAUGGAAAAUAUUUGGAUGAGAAUGUGAAGGAGAUAGAGAAAGAGAUAGAGAAGUGGAAGAACGAGUGGGAUUAA